UAUUUGGGGCAGGUGGAUAAAGGUUUUCCUCCCCUGGUUAAGUCCAGAUAAGCAAAUCCGUGUCUAAACAGUAAAGAGUGUCUCCCGCUUUUUUUUUCCUUUCCCCCUUUUGUCUGCAGGUGAACCGAAAGUGAGUUGCCAGCUAAGUGUCUCAGGCCACUGUGUCACCGACGGCGAAUUCGAAACGAUGGAAUCGUUCUCGAGCCUAACCGUGACUCAGCGCGAUCAAAUAUUGGUUGAGCAACAAGUCUUCAACAUAUACGAAACUUUCUACGACAUGCCUCCCAGAUCCAAAUCCUUGAAGUUGGAGCUUCAAAGGGAAAAUCACUUGGGGUACUUGACGGAAGGAUUAAAACAGCUUGGUCCUGCUUUCUGCGUAUUAGAUGCUAAUCGGCCUUGGAUUUGUUAUUGGAUUCUUCAUUCGAUUGCUUUAAUGGACGAAUUUAUAGAUCCUGAAUUGGAGGAUAAUACUAUUGAUUUUCUCAGUCGUUGUCAGGAUCCUAAUGGUGGGUAUGGUGGUGGACCUGGACAGAUGCCUCAUCUUGCAACAACAUAUGCUGCAGUCAAUUCACUUGUUACUUUGGGCGGUGACAAAGCUUUGUCAUCAAUUAAUAGAGAAAAACUGUACACAUUUUUGUGGCAAAUGAAGGACCCUAGUGGGGGCUUCAGAAUGCAUGAUGGAGGAGAAAUUGAUGUUCGAGCAUGUUAUACAGCCAUCUCAGUUGCAAGUCUCCUCAAUAUUUUGGAUGAUGAUCUUGUUCAAAAUGUUGGAAAUUACAUCUUAAGUUGUCAAACUUAUGAAGGUGGCAUUGCUGGGGAACCUGGUUCUGAAGCCCACGGGGGGUACACCUUCUGUGGUUUGGCUACAAUGAUUCUAAUCAAUGAGGUUGAUCGUCUGGAUUUGUCUAGCUUAAUUGAUUGGGUGGUUUUCCGGCAAGGAGUGGAGGGUGGAUUUCAGGGCAGAACUAAUAAACUGGUUGAUGGUUGUUACUCCUUCUGGCAGGGAGGUGUACUUGCAUUAUUAAAAAGAUUACAUUCAACUAAAGGAGAAAAAUCAAUACCAUUGGAUGAUGGAGAAGAUAGUGGUGCAGAAAGUCCGCAAAGUACCGCAUCAUCGGAUGCAACAGGAGAAGAAGGUUUGAACGAGGAUUUAUCUCAGGGUGGCAGCCAUUCUGAGCAUGGAGAUCAACAUGAUGCUUCCUGUCGAGUUAAUGUUGAUAAUAUUGAUCAUAAUUCUAGCAAGAUGCAUGCAAAAGUGGAACCUCCUUUCAACAGCUUGGCCUUGCAGCAAUACAUUCUUUUAUGCUCACAGGAGCCUAAUGGUGGACUCAGAGACAAACCUGGCAAGUCUAGAGACCAUUAUCAUACAUGUUACUGUCUAAGCGGCCUCUCAGUGUGUCAACAUAGCUGGUCGGAAGAUGAGGAUUCGCCGCCAUCACCCAGCGCUGUUUUAGGUCCAUAUUCCAAUCUCCUGGAACCCAUCCAUCCCCUUUACAAUGUUGUAUUAGAUCGCUACCAUGAAGCACAUGAGUUCUUUACAAGGUCAUAAGCACAUCUUCCCUGUCUUCUGAAAUCUGUGUCUUUCAAAUGCAUGAUAGAUCCUAAUUGACAAUAACUGGUUUUGAUCAUUUAUAUUGCUAAUAAUCAAGUCUUCAAAGUUUGUAUGAACAUAAAGCUUGGUUCAUGGCUCAUGCAAUUCACUUUGUAACAUUCAAAGCUCAAAGUUUCAUUCGAACUCAACACAAA